GAUUAUCGAUUUCUCUCCCGAAGGAACCCCCAGUUUUAACUAUUUUCCCGACUUUGUUCGUAACUUGAUGGGAAAAACUUUGAGAAUAUCGUUUAGCGCCAUUAAAGCGAGACUUGAAGUGAACCCGCCCUACGUGGGAGUAAAUAAUGCUCAUCGUGGCAUGUUGAAGGCUCUGUUUCAUGAGUUUUUAAUGAUCAAACUCAAUUUUACUUAUAACAUGUUCCUCUCAACGGGAACAGAUGGCGGAUACGGAGGAGGAAGCGGGUUGCAACUCCCGAAUGGAACGUGGAUAGGAACUGUAGGGGACGUUAUUUCUGGCAAAGCUGACGUUGGAAUCCUAGCAGUAAAUACUGUUGACCGGAAUCGUGAAGUAUCCUUCACCAACUCCAACUUUGACCGUGUCUAUUUACACUUUGUGACGGCACGUGGGGCCCGAAUCUUCUCCCCUGCGACGCUUCUCUGGUCGUUUGAUUUCGUCAUGUGGACCUGCAUUGGGGCCUCCACUCUGCUAGCGUUUACUGUCUUCAAACUAAUUUCGAAAUCUAUGGAGGUGCUUGGAAUUGAUAACACUGAGACGAGGGGGGUUACCAGGAAGGAGAAUUGGGGGAUCCGCCACCAGCUAUUUUUCGUGAUGAGCAGUUACCUUCAUCAGGCUUGUGUCCUCCCGACGUACACGCCACUUCGGUGUUUUGCCGCCAAGUGGCUGUUUUUUGUCCUGGUUGUCACAACGGUGUACAGGUCGAAGAUGGUCAGUCUGCUGGCCUUCCCAGUCAUGGAGAAAAUUCCGACUACCAUUGCCGAGUUAGUGGACUCUGACUACACCAUAGGAUUCAUUAAGCAUGGCGAUGCAGCGAUGAGCAUGCUUGCCGCCUCGACCGAUCCGGCAUACAUGAAACUGGUGAAGGUGAUGGAGAUAAUUACCGGGAACGGAUUGGAAUGCCUGGAGCGGGUCAUGGAGAGGAAGUACGCCUGCUUUGCGUACACCAUGGCGACAAAUUAUCUUCAGUAUGGGAAUCUUUCAGAUUCGGACAUUCGGAAAUUGGUGUAUGCACCGGAGAAGAUAUUUGUGGUUUUCAUCGGUCUUGCCUUCGAAUCUGGUUCGAUUUACAAGGACGCAUUUGACGCCUGUCUCUCCUGGGCGAGACCAUUCCAUCUCGGCGACUUAUUCGAGGCACACGACAUGCAGGUCACCGUCCGUCUUGCAAAACGGGCUUGGUGGAUGGCAACGAACCAAACGGAUAAGUUGGAACAUUCCGACCCUGAUGAGAGCGACGACCUGACCUUGAAACAUAUUGCGGGCGCGUUUUACGGCCUGGGUGCAUGUCUCGUCUUUUGUUGCGUGGUCUUCGUCCAGGAAUUGGUUGCUGUUACAAUAGUGUACAAUGGUGUACUAGGAUAAUGCAUUACGUA